CUGUAUACGUGCUCGCCUAGCCAGCCCCCGCGUGUUUGUUGUUCCACUUCCAUCCGUCCCUCACACAUAAAGCGUGCGAGCUGAACCUAAUGGCUACUAGCCUUAUUUUCUGCGCUCCUGGCGGGGAGGGGAGGCAGUUUUCUCUUUCCGGCUUUCAUCUUUUUUAUUAGUUCUCUCUUCUCCCCUCAAAGCCAGGAACAGAAAAGGGGGGGGGGGAAUCAGGCCAGUUUUUGUUCCCUCCUCACCCAAUGACUGCAGGAAAGAGGCCGGAACACUCGAGAGGAGAGGAGGAGGUCGGCUUUGUCUGCACACGUCGGGAGGAUCUCCAGCCAAUUGCUCUCCUGCCCCGCCAGGCCUUACAAACUGUAUGAUGCACGCGAUCGCGAUGCACUUGUGAGUCAGACCGUCUCUUCCCCAACCUGCCCGGAAGCAGAGCGUGAGCGGCUCAGGGCUGGGGGCCGCCGCCGACUCCAGUCUGAUCUGCUGUGCACUGCGCAGAGGCGUUUUCUUGCUCUUCUACCCGAGCCGCCCCGAAGGCAACGGCGCGGGCCUCUGAGCUGUUCUUGUCCCUCCUGGGCUAUCCAAUCCCUGAGCCUCGGCUGCGGACAUCUGCCGAGUGGUAUCCGGGAAACAAGUAAGUAGGCAGUCCUUUGCGAGGGAGCGCCGGCUUCUCCGAAGCAGCAGCUGCCUCUGGGGAAAGUGGUUUUCCUUUGUGCUGGGUCUGAGUCAGAAGAAGAUGCCGUGAUGUGCGACGGCACGUAACGCGAGCCGGUUGAUUCGCUCUCCGGGAUCUCUCCCAGGAGAUGAAAGAAAUGGCUUGGCAGCAGAUGGGUCCCGACUCCCGAGGCCUGGAUGAUGCCGUUCCCGGAAGAUGAUAAAACUUGUUUUCCUCACCUGGAAGGCGCUCAGUGGAAUUAGCUCACAACAGCAGCUACUGAUGAACUGGGAGAUGCGGCAGUAGAACUGGUGAACGAGAGCAUUGAAUUUUGGAGACCACUCAGCUUCAUCCUGGCUUAUGGUCUACCCUUUAUGUCUCUUCAUAGCUGGCACCAUGGGCAGCAGAUGGAAUGCAGCAUGGCUCUUUCUGCUGGCAUUAAAAGCUUUUGGACUGAAAGAAGGUGACCUAAAGGCUUCUAUGAGCCUCAGUUGUUUUUAUCAGAUAGUUCCCCCUGCUGCUAUGCACUGCAGCUGGCUAACCCCAGAGCCUCCAAAUGUUAACGUCACCUACCAUCUCUGCUAUGAGAGCCUCAAAUACCGUCGUGGCCCAGCCCGCAGAGCGGAGGUCCCGAAUAAACAGAACUGGUUUGAUAUUGGAAGACGCAACCUGACACAUGGGGACAAAUACAAAGUUUGGCUGGAAGCUCACAGUGUGGCUGGGACAACAACAUCCAAUGAAUUAGUGUUCAACCUGGUUGAGAUAGUGAAACCCCCUCCUCCUGUUCUGCACCGCGUGAAAGUAAAUUCCUUUAAGGCUGAAGUGAGAUGGGAAAACCCUCAUUGGUCUGAAUUGCGCAGCCACCAGCCCCUCCUCUGUGCUCUUCAGUAUAGGAUUGCCAACGAUCAUGAAUGGACCUAUGUAAGUGAGGACCAUGUAAAUCAGGAAAGCCAUGGCUUAGAUGACCUGAAGCCAUUCACUUGGUAUGAAGUGCAAGUACAGUGCAUCCUAAAAAACCUAAAAGGUUUCUGGAGCGAUUGGAGUUCUUCCCAGUUUUUUCAAAGCCUCGAGGCUGCUCCACUGGGUCAGGUAGAUGUCUGGCGAAAAAUGGGUGCUUCUGAGAAUCGGGAGCCAAGCCUCCUCCUCCUCUGGAAGCCACUUGACCAAGAAGCAGCCCGGGGAAACAUCUCCGUGUACGAAGUUGCCUUCUGGGACCGCCGCAAGAAUGGUGUGACCACUAUGCAAUGCAUUUGCUGCAACGCUACCCUUCCCCGCACUGCCAGCUAUGCCUGGGUCUCGGCGCGCAAUUCCGUUGAUCAGACCCUGCCUGCCAACCUGAGCUUGGAACAAACAGAUCUCCCUGGCCCACAGGAUGUGGAGGUGCUAGUUGCCCAAGGCUUAGGUUUCAAUGUGACGUGGAAGCCCAGCACGAGCUCUCCGCAUGCCCAGCCUAAGGAGUACGUGGUGGAGUGGAGAGAAGAGAGUCUCGGCGAAGGAGAGUCCCACCUUGCAGAGGUGUUAAAUUGGACACGCAGGCCUAGUGGCAGCAACAGUGCCUUGCUGAUAGGAAACUUUAGACCAAAGAUACCAUACCUUGUGCAUGUGUAUGCUCUGUAUGCUCAAGGGAGCAAUGCCUCUGUCCCUGUCCGGGCCUACUUCCAGGAAGCAGCUCCAUCAGCUGGUCCCCAGGCACUGCAGGAGAGAAGCAUUUCCCCCACAACAUCACUCAUCUCCUGGAAGGAGAUUCCCUUGGCCAAGCGCAACGGGCAUGUCACUAACUAUACACUGUACCUCAAGAAUCCCACAUCAUGCAGCCCCAGGACCAUUGGUGCUACAGAGAGGAGCUUCACACUCUCGGACCUGGAGCCUGGGACUUCCUACCAACUCUCCAUGACGGGUUCCACCAAAGCUGGGGAAGGCGUGCCCAGCCACCAUCACUUCCGCACCCCAGCUCCUGCAGAUUCCCGCUGGCAGGUCACUUUGGCCAUCAUCUUAGUUGUGGGAUGCCUGGUUAUCCUGGCCUUCGUUGUGGUAUUUGUUAAGUGGAAAUGGUUCCUCAGCUUCUAUCACAAGGUCCUGCCCCCAUGGUGCUGGGAGAAGAUUCCAGAUCCAGGGCACAGUAUUGUGGUCUUGAAGAUAGAUGAGCAGGGUCCUGCACAUGCCACGGAUGCCUUGAGCCCAGCCAAGUCUUUGGAGAAGCUAGACAUUGUGGAGAUAAAGGAGUCAGUGCCGCAGCAGACACCUACACCUACACCUGCCCCUCUCCCUGCCCCGCCCCCUGCCCCUACUCCCAUGAAGAUUUCUGGAUACGAGAAACGCUUCAUGCCCACCCUGGAGGAGCUGCAGGGGCUGGUCUGAGGAGGGGAAAGUGAAUAAAUGAACCCCUGGGAGAAGGGGACAUGAAGACUGUUCCUUCCAUGUGUGGCAGGGUGCUGGUCCUGCUCAGACCCAGAGCAGAGUGACUGACUGCCAUUUCCUGUGAGGGUUUGUUCUUCAGUCUUGGAGAUACCUUAGGGGAAAGCUCUGUGCCAUUUUCUUUGGCCAUCACUGCAUCCAGUGUGUCUUACAAGCCAAGAGUGGAACUGCAAAUUGCAACCUCAAGUGGAGGGUCUAAUACUUUAGGCCCAAGUCAACAAACUCUGCAGGGAUAGCACUUACUACCUCAACCCAGCACAUCGUGAGCCAUAGAGGAGGCGGCCAAUGACCUUUCUAGGUGUCUAGGUCUCGGGGAGACAUAGCACUUGCUCUGGAGGUCCUUGGGGACAACGAUCGCUUGCUAAGCCGCAGUUCUUCUGUCUGGGCUCAGCCUUUCCCCCACCUUUCUGCCCACGACCAGAUUCAUGGGAGCCACAGUGGCAGCACUGUGAUGGUUGGUUCUUCCAUUCGCCUGAGCAGGCCCUGCUUCAUCUUCCAAUACAUGUGAUAGGAGCUGGUGCUACUAGAAGCAGGGCCUUUAGAACUGUAACUCGUGAGGCUGUGAAAUUGCCUGAGGAGUUAGGCUGAGGAGUUAGUGCUCCUAUUUGCUUUCUCUUAUGGAACGCUGUUCUAAAACCUUGUAUUUUUUGGUCUGGUUCCUCCCCUCCCCCAGCCCACUGGCCUCAGUAGAGGUUUCUUAUUACUCGUGGUGUAUUUGUUUGAAUGUUAGGAUAUUUUUGUAGUCCUUAUGUGAUGUGAACUUUGAACUUCUCCCCAGAAAAGUACAUUAAAAAUGCCAAAAGUAAGUAAAUCUAAAGUGGAAAGCCAUUUGGAUGCAUACAGACAUACAUUUUGGGAGAAUGUAAUGUGGCUUUUCCUAUGCUGCUCUGUCCCUGACUUUGUGUGACACAUAUAGCUGUUCCGUGCUGUGAAGGCGCAUUCUAUCUGCUUCCUCUAUACACAGGAAUGGGUCAAUUACUGGAGCGGCAGGCUGCUCCCACUCCAAAGAGGAGUGCGCCUCUAAGCACACAUUCGUUCGUUCAUUCAUUCAUUCUCUUUCUCUCCCACCCACACCCUACAGCACCUAACAACAGGUAUGUCUGUGUAUGCACCUUUUAGUUGAAUACUUUCUUGCAGAACAAUUUGCAACUGUGACAAGGUGACAAUCCCCUUUCCCCCACUAGGGGGCAGGACACAUUGCUAUUUGGCAACUUGGUCUAUAAUGGUGGUCAUUUUUUUUAAUGCUGAAAUCAAAUUUUCGGUUGCUGGAACACAUUAGAUGCCUGUUUGCUUUGCUUGUUUUGUUUUCCCUCUAGUGUUCUGUGAUUAUCCUCUUUAUGUGAUGAUUUCUACCACCCUUUCACACUACUUGUUUAAUGAGUUUAGAAUGGCAGGAAUCGCUUUUCUCCCUCGACAAUUGAAGAAUUGCUUAGAGCCUAAUCGACCAAAGCUUUGCAUUGCAAUAAUGCAGUUGAAGAGCUGGAAAUAUAUCCCAGAACACCUGGCUUUGCUCAAGCUCACCUGCCAGCUGAGAGGAUAAGAGCCCCCAACUUCCCUUGGGUGCAGUGUUCCUUCUAACAGGGAUUCCCAGAUGUUGUUGACUACAACUCCCAUGGUCCUCAAGCAAACGAAAUUGCAGCUGGGGAUUUUGGGAGUUGUAGUCAACAACAUCUGGGAAUCCCUGUUAGAGGGAACACUGCUUGGGUGCAGCUGGUUCUCCCUACCCUUAGGAGAAAGUUAUGUGGCUGUGAAGCAGGUCCCCUGAUGGUAUGGAUCCCAUGCAGUAUUAGUAGUUGGUGGGGCUGCACACAGAUUCAACGCCCAGAGUGCAACUGUGUUGUAUUUCAUUUUGACACAUGAUUUGGUAUCAAGCAUUCUCCAUUAAAGGCUUUCCCCUAAAACAGCAGGUUUCUAGCCCUUGCGACUGGGCGGGGGGAGUUGAGAACAGAUGAACAAUGUUUGGUGAAUGGUAAAAGCUGAAAGGGGUGGAGUUUCCAGUGGUGGGGCGGGACUUUAGAUUCAUGUGUGUCGCUUUGUCCCACCUCCAUGACUACAGUCAACUUACCGGAAAUUUUCCACUCCUUUCCCACCCGUCCCAACUCCUCAUCUAAAAAACAAACAAACAAACAAAACCCAAGUGCUUUAGAGAUGGAACAAAUUAUGCAAAAGAGAUAUAACUAAACACAUUUGAUUUUGUCAGAUCUGUUUGUUUUCUUGGUGCAAAGGCAUAUUAAUCCUUGUGACAGCUGUUAAUGUUUUCUUGUACAUUAAUGGGAAAACCGUCAUAAAUUUCAAAAAAGAAAGGGCUGCGGUAAGAAACCAGCUUUCUCUAGGCAGUAAUAGAGUAUUCUGUAAAUAACUCUGUAGAGUUGUACUAUUACAGGAUUUCUUAACCUUGGGCCCCCAGAUGUUGUUGGACUACAACUCCCAUCAUCCCCAGACAUGGCCUUUGUGGCUGAGGAUGAUGGGAGUUGUAGUCCAACAACAUCUGGGGGCCCAAGGUUAAGAAACCCUGUACUAUGUUCCCUUUUUCUCAGUCCCCAUCAUAGCAUGCAGACAAAUGCUAAUUAAAAGCCAUACUUUCCCAGUCUCACUUAAAUGAUAUGAUCUCAGUUUUAAGAGGAUGUUCUGUGGGCUAACCUACAUUUUAGUAUGACAGCCCUGCAUGUGUCCAUAUCCUCCUACAGAGGGGCAGAAUAUAGGAAUCCUCCUUUGAAGCAUCUUUGUAAUCCCCUAAUUCCUUACGAGUCAAAUGGAGACAAGAUUGUAAGGUUGCAAGUCUUCACUUCUGACCUCCAGGCACAAUAUAGUCUGCUCCCACACUUUUGCCCUUUAACAGUUUUUAAUAGUUUUUAACAUUGUGUUCAAUUUUAUUUUAAAUCAUUUUAAUGUUUUAUUGUAAACCACCCAGAGACAUGGGUUUGGGGUGGUAUACAAUCAGAUGUGUUUAAAUAAAUAAUAACACAGGUAAGGCCUUUUUAAAAUUUUUUUUUUUAAAGACACCUAAUGGCACAGCAGGGAAAUGACUUGACUAGCAAGCCAGAGGUUGCUGGUUUGAAUCCCCGCUGGUAUGUUUCCCCAGAGUUGAAGUCAGGAAACACCUAUCUCGGGCACUCUUAUGCUGCCAAACCAGCCACAUGUCAAUAGUUCGAAGGUGGGGGGGGGAUCUCUUUAAGGAUGGGGGAGAGUGUUCUUACCCCUCCCACUGCCUUUCCCUCACUGGCACUGCCUUUCAAAACAGUCUGGCAGGGCAGCAGCUUUGCUGCCCCAGUGCUGCCUCGGACCUGAAGUGACCAGAAGUCCCCACCACGCUGUGCACCCCCCCUCCUUUAAAGAGAUUCCCCCCCCAUGGGGAGAUUCCCCCCCAUCGGACCUCCGAAAAGUAUACAGUGUACUGUGCUUGAUUGGCCAGCAAACUCGCCUGACCUGACCCCAUAGAGAAUCUAUGGGGCAUUGCCAAGAGAAGGAUGAGAGACAUGAGACCAAACAAUGCAGAAGAGCUGAAGGCCGCUAUUGAAGCAUCCUGGUCUUCCAUAAUACCUCAUCAGUGCCACAGGCUGAUAGCAUCCAUGCCACGCCGCAUUGAGGCAGUAAUUGCUGCAAAAGGGGCCCAAACCAAGUACUGAAUACAUAUGCAUGCUUAUACUUUUCAGAGGUCCAAUAUUGUUCUAUUCUUCAAUCCUUGUCUUCUUGGUUCCAUGUAAUAUUCUAAUUUUCUGAGAUUGUGGAUUUGGGGUUUUCAUGAGCUUACGCCAUGAUCAUCACAAUUAUAGCAAAUUAAGGCUUGACUUCUCUCGCUUUGCAUGUAAUGCGUCUGUCUCAUAUAUCAGUUUCACCUUUUAAUUUGCAUUACUGAAAUUAAUGGACUUUUGCACGAUAUUCUAAUUUUCCGAGUUUCACCUGUAAAUUUAAAUUUAAAUUUAAAAAAUUGAUUUUAAUUAUCCAUUGAAAACUGAUCUCUUACUCCUUGAUUCUCACACACUCCUCUGUGUGGGUUUUUUUGAAUUGGAUUUAAUUUUGUGCUGCCUCCUUGGCCAACCUACCAGCCCAUCAGGCUGAGGGGCUCGUGCUGCUAAGUGCUGGGCUUCAGCUGUGGGGUGAGGAUCGUCGUGAUUACCCAUUACGGGAGAAGCUGGGGGGCAGUGCUGGAGAGUGGGAGAACUGAGGUGGCCAAGGUAUAUUGCUGUGCCUCAUCCUUAUUUCUGCUUUUACCCUGUCUUUUUGGUGAUUUUUCAGUCAUUUUCCUGGACUCUAGAACCUAACCCUCCAAUUCUCAUUGCUUAAGUUUUCAUUAUCCGGGGUUUCGUUAUCCAUGGUUGGAGGCUAGCAUGGAAUGCCCACUACCUGUACAUCACUUAGCAUGCAUGUUUACUGUGUGUACUCCCAUAGUAAACACUGUAAAGCUGAGGGGUGUAUAACCAGCCAGUGCUCUCUGAUGGCUGUCUAUCCCAUCUCUUGUGUGUUUACACAGUCAAACAUGCAGCCUCUUCGCCAUGCUUCAGGGUGUUACCAUUGCAAAUACACUUGCCAUUUAAAAUGUGAACCACAUCAGAAAGGAGGGGAAACCAUUCCAAAAUCAGUUAUACUAGAUUUCAGGGAUUCAGGAUACCUGGGUUCUUUUCCCCUGCUUGCAGAACAGAGGAUGGGGUUGUGUAGGACUUGGAGCAUGUUUAGUGUCAUUACUAAAUGGCUCUUUAUGCUGCGCUUGUCAGUUUCGAGUUUGCUUUUGACCUAUCUAGGGAGAAGCUGUGGUGCAAACUGCAAGCUUCUGCAGUUGAUCGCCAUUUGUUCCUCAGACACAAUUUAUAUCAGAAUUCUUGUCUGAAGGUAAGGUGUAACGCCUCAGGUCAUCUUUGUGAAGCAAUUCCAACCUUUAGAGGCAUUAACAGGGCUGCAUUUUAGCCCCACUUUUGUUGAAUUUUUUAUAUAAAUUAAUCUAGUUGCUUAUCUAAUUAACUCUGAUUUUCAUCCACUGAAAUUGGCCUCCAAACCCAUUACGAUUCUUCUUUGUGUGUAUGAUUCUGUAAUUUUAUCUCAAACUCCAAUUGGGCUGAGUAGGGCACAUAAUUCCCUUGCUGCUUAUUGUAGAGAGCAGGCUUUGCAGAUUAAUUACGCCAAAAUGAAGAUUAUGAGGUUUGCAAAGUGCCCAAAGACAACUUCUACAUCAAUACAAUGGUGGGGCAAAUUAGCAACUUAGACUUCCAUCCCCCUAAACUCGCAGGAGCCCACAUCUCUACCCUAUUAUAUGCGGAUGAUGCAGCAAUACUCUCAAGGACCCAAAUUGGCCUUAAACGAGCACUGAAGGCAUUGGCCCAGUAUUGCAAGGAAGAUCUGCUGGAGCUUAAUUACCACAAAACCAAAAUCAUAGCCUUUGCCAAAAGGCCCUUAUAGAUGGGCACAAGAUAGAACAGGUCCCUUGCUUUGAAUAUCUGGGGAUCGUCCUGCAUUCCUCCAGCUCUAGGAAGACAAAUGGGGAGUAUGCAGCAAUAAAUGCACAGAGGAGCUCCUCCGCUAUUUUUAAGUUCCUCCGAGCAAGAGUUGGCCACUACAUACCUGCAGCGCUAAAACUGUAUGAAGCCAAGCCGAUAGCACAGUUACUCUGCGGUGCCCAGCUCAUCCCUUUCCCCAGCUUUUCCAUGCUGAAACGCAUGCAAUCAAAGUAAUUAAGAGCAGUUCUUCAAGUACCAAGAUGUGUAUAUAACGCUAUCCUGCGACUAGAGACAGGCGUAAUGAAAGUGGAGGCAAGGUAUGGAUGGCCAUACUGAACUACUGGCCAAAGCUCUCCCUUUCCUCCUCAGGCCUAGCCCUGCUAACACUAUGUGAUGACUUCCAAUCCAGUUCGAAACAGACAGCUAUGAAUAGAAUAAAGUCCCUGGGCCUAUCCCCGCUUCACUUAGUUAACUUGGGGUACGACCUGGCCAAGGCACUCAUCAAACAACAUAUUACAGAUAUAGAGCGUCAAUCUGACAUAGGCAAGGCCCCUAACUUCCCUGUAAGUGAAGGACUCCGGUAUGUCAGCGCCCCCUUGUCAUACCUAACCCAAUUGGAGGUCGCAAAGCAUAGGGGGGCAUUACACUGCCAUGUGCUUCCCUCAGCCAUACUUGAAGGUCACUAUAGGAAGAUCUCAAUCUCAGAGUGCAAGUGUUCCUGUGGCUCAGAGCAGGUAGAAACAGCAGGACACUUUUUUCUGCAGUGCCUGUUCUACAGGGACAUCCGUGCCUCCCUCAUCUUACCACUAUUGCAUGGCUAUCCUGGGUGAACGGACCGGUUCUACACCUCUUUGCUGCUCUCUGAUAGCAACCCUGCUGCCACCUACAGUGUCGCCAGGUUCUGUGUGGCAGCUAUUCAUAUCUGGCGGACGAUGAUCACGCGUGCUCAGAGCCCACCUCUCUGAACUGGAGGACAGCCAUGGCUUCUGCCUUAGUGUGGCAACCCAACAACCUAUAGACCCACAACUUCCUGGCUACUAUUUUACUGGCUUAUAUUUUUGUGUAUACUAUACAAUAUCCUUUUAACGCAUAUUAGCUCUUAUUAUUUUAAAUGAUGACUGUCAUGAUUUUAUAUGUUUUAAAUCUUUUAAAACCUUUUCUUACUUUAUAAGUAUGCAACACAAUCUAGGGUACUGCUAUAUGGUUUGUUCCUAUGCGUCUUAUUGCAGCCGUAGUUAAAUCAAAAUGUAGCCCAGAGUCUACUAUGUCUCUUAUUAGAGCCAUCGCUAGAUUUUUAGUGCAGUCACAUGCCUAAUUUUUAUAUUUUAAAUCAUUUUAUGUUAGUAAUGUAUUUUAGCGUCUCAUAUUUCUUAUUGUAUAAUUUAAAUGAUCUUAUGAUAAUUUUAGAGUGUAAAAUUUAUUGCUACUUAGGUUUUAAAAUGUACUUUAUGCCGGUCUGUGACCAUAAUAAAGGUUGAUUGCCCAAAGACAUUGGCCUGGUCCCUUGAUGGACCAGGUAUUUGGGGAUCGUGUUUCAAUCUUCCGGUAGCUGUAAGGCCCAUCUAGAGUAUGUACAGCAAAAUGCAUGGAACUCUAGACGUGCCCAUUUGAUUCCUGCAGCAAUUAGGCUGUUUGAAUCUAAAGCCUUGGCACAACUUCUAUACGGUGCCCAACUUGGACUGUACUCGAAUGCCUUUGCAUUGGAUGUGGUGCAGUCCAAGUUUCUAAGGAAGUUAUUCCAAGUAGCCCACAGUGUCCCUAUUGCAGGAGCUGGGUUAUGUAGGGUAGAGUCUAAAACAGGGUUUCUUAACCUUGGGCCCCCAGAUGUUGUUGGACUACAACUCCCAGAAUCCCCAGACAUGGCCUUUGUGGCUGGGGUUUCUGGGAGUUGUAGUCCAACAACAUCUGGGGGCCCAAGGUUAAGAAACCCUGUUCUAAAAUAUGGCUUUGUAUAUUUAAAUUCUGGCUUAAGGUAAAUUUCUACCCUUUGGGGCUGACACUGUUGAUGUUGGCGGAUAAUUUCACCUCUAAAUUGGAAUACACACUUGAGAAGAAGUUGUGUAUCUAUGGUUUUUCACCACAGGUAUUAAUAGUGAUGGCUUUGAUCAAGCCAAAUUGCUGCUUUGUCAAAGGAUAUCGGAUGUAGAGUGACAGAAUGACAGAAGCCUUAUUUCUAAGGGAGUAGUAUUAGCAGUGAUAUAGGAAGAUGCUGAAAGGCAUCAUCUCAUACUGCGUGGGAGGCAAUGGUAAACCCAUUCUGUAUUAUACCAAAGAAAACCACAGGGCUCUGUGGGCGCCAGGAGCCAAAAUCAACUUGACGGCACACUUUACCUUUAGUAUUAGGAAACCAAUUUUCGAAUAAGAGACCAGCUAGGAACCGUAAUCUCCUUAGGACAGCAAAACAUUGAAGGGCAUUUAACCAGGCAUGUGUUAAUGCUCUGGAUACUUCAGUUCUCUUAGGGAGAUUUAUUAAAGUUCAAUUUGAUGAGUGUUUUUGUCCUUGCAAAUCGGGAGCUAUUGAAACAAUGGCUCACAAGUUACUUUAUUGUAGCUUCUAUAGGGAUAUCUGUAGUGUGUAUAUAACUGGUCUCCGAAUGGAGUGCUUCUGACACAUCCCACUUCUGACACAACUCAGGAGAGCUGGUCUUGUGGUAGCAAGCAUGAAUUGUUCCCUUUGCUAAGCAGGGUCUGCCCUGGCUUGCAUUUGAAUGGGAGACUACAUAUGAGCACUGUAAGAUAUUUCCCUUGGGGGUGCUCUGGGAAGAGCAUCUGCAUGCAUGUGUGCUUGCAUGCAAAAGGUUCCAGGUUCCCUCUUUGGCAUCUCCAGAUAGGGCUUGGAGAGACUUGCCUGUAACCUUGGAGAAGCCCCUGCCAGUCUGUGUAGACAAUACUGAGCUAGAGAACCAGAGGUCUGACUCAGUAUAUGGCAGCUUCAUAUGAAUGUUCGUAUAUAUUUUUAGAAAACUUCUUGGGUCGUUCUGAUGAAUUUUAUACCCAACAUCAUCUUUCAGAUCAUGAUGAUAAAAUUUCUUAUUCAGUUGCUAAGUUUUGCCUUAUAGCUAGUAGAAUUUGCAAGGAUAUGACAUCUAAUUGAAUAGCUAAGUAAUAUCUAUUGAAGUCAAGUAAAGUGUGCAGUCAAGUCGGUGUUGACUCCUGGCGACCACAGAGCCCUGUUUUUUUCUUUGGUAGAAUAUAGGAGGCGUUUACUGUUGCCAUCUCUUGCGCAGUGUGAGAUGAUGCCUUCCAGCAUCUUCCUAUAUCGCUGCUGCCUGACAUAGGUGUUUCCCCAUAGUCUGGGAAACACACCAGUGGGGAUUCAAACCGGCAACCUCAUGCUUGCUAAGCAAGUCAUUUCCCCACUGUGCCAUUAGGUGGCUAUCUAUUGAAGUAAAUCAUUAUAAAUUGUGAUAUUAAAACCCUGGGCAGGGGGGAGGGAAUAUAUUCUAAUUUUAUGUAUUCAGUUACUUUGUAUAUUAUGUACUAUGUAUUAUUUGUAUUUAUUUUUUAAAAAAAUUUCUCUUGCCUGGUGGCCAAAAUGAAA